GAGAGUUGCGGCUGGAUCAAGUCCGCCACGGCGAAGUAGUUCGGGAUAUCUUCGUGAUAUAUUCCACAAAAAAAUUAUUAAUAUUAAACAGAAAGUGUAAUCAUGCAAUUAAACCAGGGAAAACGAUAAAAUAACUGCAUUUAUGGAAUGAUUAUCGCUGUUUUGUAAAUUAUUUCGAGCGAUGCGAAUCGAACUUAACCUAACCGGCCGGAACAUACGUAUGCGGCCACUCAAGAUAAGUCAUCGACAAAGAUUCUCGUUGGAACAGACUCGCUUGUGUUUUGCUGUGAGUUUGACGUACUGCGAUAUCUCGAAAUAUGGACGAACAAAAUUUCCUGUGAAACGUCAGAAGGAACGUCAAUUAGUCAGCUGAUUUACAAAUUAAAUUAAACGUUUUUCUUAAACCUGUUUUCUCAUUACAACGUGCCUACAUUGAGGAUACCAGCGAUCAAUUUCAAUCGUGGAUCACCGUUGCACUUUGACUCCGUCGGUGAAUUGGCUACAGCUGAACACCAAGGGAAGAUGGAGAUCCAGACGCCAUACCUGGACGCGCUCCAAGCGAUACCUGGCGACACACCAGGCGCAAAGUACAAAUGGAUAGCGAAAUUGUUGAAGGAACGGAUGUCGGAGUACAACAGUUUAGAGGAGGUGGUCGAGUCGGAGAAAAUUCCCCGGAUAUUGGUGCCCAUGGUACAAGUGCAGGCGGCGAAGUUCUUGCAUAAACGAGAUCCUACAAAUCAGGAUAACUAUGCAGCCAUAGCGGAAGCAUUGAAGUCCGAAGACUGGGAGGUUGUUGUGAAAGCGUUGCAAGCGAAGUGCUUCUUCGACGGUAGUAACAAAACGAUUACGAACGUCGAAUACUUCUUCAAUCAGUUGUUCCCGUAUGUCUCCAUGAAGGCCAGGAUACGCAUAAUCAAAUCCUUAUCGAUUUUCCUGCGAAACGAGCCGGCUCUCGCCGAAGCUUUCUUCACUGCCGUUACCUCAGCUUACGGCCUCAAGCAGGCUUUACCGUUGCUGGUAGUCUGCAGUGAGAACUUCGUAUAUCGUACGAUAGUGGAGAAGAGGAUCGAGCUGAGCCGGAAGCUCGUCGAGGUAAUCUUUCGCAAGAAUCCCGACUUGAUCGUGCGUUACUUCAAGCUGAGCAAUCCAAACCGGAGCUCUAACGACAGAAAGCUCCAUCAGGUAGACAUUUUAUACAUGGGCGACUUUCUAGCGGCCCUGGUCCACAAACGGCUGGACUCGUUCGUGGAACUGCUCGAGAUGCACGAAAAGAAUCCGCCGCCAGUGGAGUUCAACAAAAAGCAGCUCGAUUGUUUCUUGAAGAAUGGUAAAGAUCACCUGCUGCGGAAACCGAAACUAUUCAUAGACAUGAUACCGUUAGAGAUGAUCAGCGCAUCGCGGAUGAAGAUCAUGUUCCCGAAAUUGUUCCCCGAAACUGGCAAGUCGUUCAGCACAGAUCACAUGUUGAAUUAUUUGCAUUAUUAUCCGGAGGACGAGAAGGCCGAUCUCCUUAUCAAAUCGUAUCGCAACGUCUACGGUAAAAACAUUUUCGACGAUAUUCACAACGUGACGCCUGAUUUGUUGCGAUUACUGCCGGCCAACGAGCGUAUCAGACAAGCCAGAAUCAAGCUGGAGAAAGAUAUUGAGUCUGAUCCGCUGUCUUACAGGUACGCGUGGAGGUGUUACCUACCCGUCGAAGAGACGAUACCCGCGCUGAAAACGGAGAUCGCAAAUACCUCUGUUAUGGAGCACAGGGCAGGAUUGGUUUGUCAAAUGAUCUGCAAUUGCCGGGUGAAUAACGAUGAUCAAGCUUUAUUGGAGGUUUUGGUCUACAUCAGGGACAGACACAAGAACGAGCAAUCCUGGUUCUUGAUGAAGGUUUUUGAAGCUCUGCUAGACCUCUACGAUCUACCGCGGCUUAAGCCGGACAUCUGGGCGAUUCUAAUAGAUAUCGUGCUACGGGCACAUGUGAAGAACGAACUGACGUUUGGGAAUCACGUCGGUUUAGACAUCGUCGAGUCCGCGAUUUACUUUAGGAUCCUGAAUAGACAGCCGAUCGAUCAGGAGAUCGGCAUACUGGUGGAUUUGAAGAGUGAAAGGUGGAACAAGGAGUGGAAUAUAAUUAAGAACCAUCCCGAGUACGAGAGAGUGUGUAUGGAAGCUUGCCUGAACGUAGCUUAUCAGCGUUACUUAUCCAACAAGAAUCCUUGGAAGGACAAGAAAUCUGAGAUCUUACACGAUCUGGUUGUAUCCAUCUAUAGCUUUAAUGAUCGACAUGUGAAGGAGAAUAGGCGAGUGGAACGGAUGUCCAUCAAGAACUAUUCUUGGUUGUUGAAGGAGAUCGAGGCGAUGGUACUCGAGAACGCGGAAAGAAACUACUACAUCAUUCUGAGUAUCCGGCAAAUUCUAGAGAAACACGAGAAAGAUCUCUUCGAGCGUAUCUUCCCGAAAGAAAAGGAGAAUGUCUUGGAAAUCACCAUGGAAAAUGCAUACGUGACGCUGAAAAACAAUCCGGAGAGCAUUUUAUCCAGAUGGAAAGAAUACUUAUCCAACUGCCAGAAUAAUUGGCACAUGAGAAGCGCGAGGAGAUUCGUAAGAGCCUGCCGCUGGUACAAGGAGAUCCCGCUCAAGUUCCUGAAUCAAUGUCUUCAAGACUUAGCCAACAAGAAGGCAGGCCAGUGCCUGCCCAUCAUAGCGAUGCUUGUUCGUGGACCAACAUUGACCAAGAUCGUCGAUCCGCUAAUCCCCACGGAUCCGAUGCUCGACAUUCAUCACGAAGAAGCGAGGGAUCGGUACAACCUCCUCGGAUACGCAAUAUCUUGUCUCAAAUUCUCGAACCCACCAGUUCCUCUAACGUUAUUGUGUCGAUUGUGCGUGGGAGACUACUUGUCGAAGUCUUUGGGUGUCAUGAUAAACGUGUGCAGAAGCAGUCCGUUGAUAAACGUGAUCGCUUUCGCCCAGACGCUGGUCACCCAAAGGGUAUCCGUACGCAAACAUGGGAUCAGGAUAAUGCAUAUGACAGCGUCGCGGGAUCAAUUGUUCGACUUCCUUCUGUCGCAAUGGAAAAUCGAGGAACAUUAUUCUAUUCGGGAUGUUCUGUUCUCUAAAGUAUGGGAAUUGUUCUCCAGCGAGCCUGGGCCCGACACUUGGAUCUUGAUCAGCCAAGUGAUCGCCACAUUGACGGAAAAGGAUUCAUCGAAAAUCUCGGAAGUGAUCCAACUGAUUUCUAACGUCCCCGAUGAGUAUAUCCCGGACUUCGUGAAACUGACGCUGAUGCUAAUAGACAGACUCACACCAGAUUCGAACACGUACUAUCAGAAUUUAUCAUUCAAAAUCACUCCAAGUGUCAGCGAUCUUCUGCCCGAAGAACUGAACAAAGAGCUGUUGCGCAGGUUCUUUUUCAUCCCAGUGGAUAACAGGGUCAACGCAUCUACAUCAUUCGCUCUGAGAACGUACUUAGUAUGUUCUCAGGAAAAGUUCGAACACCGGAUGAAAAUCUUUACCGAUAUGUUAGUGGAGGCUGUGAAGUAUGGCUGGAACGUACCGCAUCCAAAGAAGCCGCGCUACUUUCCGACGAAUUAUGGUCUGCGAUGUUUCAUGUACCAACUGAUCUCAGGGAAUCUGGCUGUGAUUAAUGAGGAGCAGUUGCUGGAUGGGUUCAUGAACGCAUUCCUUUCCACGCUCUCGCCGCUAAUGGAUCCCACCUCGUACUUGUUGCUAGUUUACAGAAAGGAACAGGUGUCCGCGGAAACACCGACUGAUUUUGGGGUCAAGGUGGGCAAGAAACUGCCCCAGUUGAUUGAUCUGUUCUCGUCCCAAUUUCUUUACUUCAUUGGGGACGUCUUGGAUAAUCUUUUGAGCAGGAAAGAAUUCACGGGUUACGAAAAGGAGGACGCGAAAUUGAGCGUCAUCGAGGGACUCGUGAAGGUGGGAUCGGUGGAGGCCGAGCUGAUUGCAGCGAAACUGUUGCGACCAGUACACACUAAGGAUCUCGUGGAUCGAUUUGAUAGUUUAAUAAAGAAAUUCAAGGAGCAUUCUAGUCCAGCGAUCAAAAGCAUCGCGUGCGAUAUUAUCAAUCAGACGAGUAUGAGCGAUUUCAGUUUUGAAAAUUCGUAAAUUUUGAUUAUCAGAUGAUAACCGUUGUAUUAUAUAGAUUGAAACUGAUGAUUCACUUCCUUAUUUUGAUUGACUGUCAUAUACAUUAAGUUGAUAAAGUUUAGACUCUAACUUGAAAAACAAAUUCACGGAAAUGUUGGACAUUGCAGGUACUUUGUACAAAAAAAUUUACCCUUUUACAGUUGAAACUUCGUUUGAAAAAAAUUAUAAAGAUAUUCUAGUUAAAGAACGUAUGUAUUCAAAUGAAAUUUACUGAAAUGUAUUUUUCUACUAUAAAUAUGAUAUAUUUUCUGAAAAUUUAAAGAUGAUAUAUGUAUUAGAAUUGUGAAAAUUGUGAAACUAUAUACCUACCUAAAUGAGACUGUUUUUCUUUUGCAUU